CUUGCAAAAUAUAAAUGGAACAUGCCUGGCAACACUAGUUGGUGAAAUGGCGUCUGGUUGCCUAGUGCUCGGUCUAUUUUAGCUAUCUGGUUAGCUAGCUAUAUUCAAUAACCUUUGACUGUGAAUGGCAGUACAUUUUCAGUAGAAUAAAUAACUUCAUUGCAAUAUAUUUCAACAUGUCGGAUUCAGAAGAGGACAGUCAAGAUAAGCAACUUAAAAUUGUAGUCAUCGGAGACGGCGCAUCGGGGAAGACGUCACUCGCCACCAGGUUUGCGCAGGAGGCCUUUGGGAAACAGUACAAACAAACCAUUGGCCUGGAUUUCUUUCUGAAGAGAAUAACUCUGCCAGGCAACUUGAAUGUUACUUUGCAAGUGUGGGAUAUUGGAGGUCAAACGAUCGGAGGGAAAAUGCUGGAUAAAUAUGUCUACGGGGCUCAGGGCGUUCUUCUAGUGUACGACAUUACAAACUACCAGAGCUUUGAGAAUCUGGAGGACUGGUACGGCAUGGUCAAGAAGGCCAAUGAAGAGUCAGACGUCCAGCCGGUGGUCUCACUGGUGGGAAACAAAAUCGACCUGGAGCAUAUGAGGACAGUGAAGGCUGACAAACACCAGCGCUUCUGCCAAGAGAACAGCCUCAUCAGUCAGUUCGUAUCAGCCAAGUCUGGAGACUCAGUGUUCCUGGCAUUCCAGAGAGUGGCUGCAGAGAUUCUGGGGGUGAAGCUCAACAAAGCAGAGAUGGAGCAGUCCCAGCGUGUGGUGAAGGCAGACAUCGUGAACUACAGUCAAGAACCUGUGGCGAGGACAGUCAACCCCCCGCGCAGCUCCAUGUGUGCGGUGCAGUGACCCCCUCUCUCCCCCACCUGCCCUCUUGCCCCUCCACAAACGGACUAAAGCAGUGAGGGCUUCUGACCAGCAGGCUGCCCCCAACACACUGGCCCAUAGCCAGAGCAGGGGAAUUGAGCCAGCUUGGUUUAUUCUGCUGCACACACACACACACACACACACGCACACACACACACUCCUCCCUUCUCUCUCUCAACACACAAGUCUUUAGAAAGGCUUUAUCAGUAUUUCCUUUUUUGAUUUUUUUCUGUGUCAUCGGACCAAGUACUGCAUAUUUUAAGAUUUGAAUGUGAGGAUCUCUCCCUCUGUAUGUACAGUUAUUUAAAGGGACCCCACAGUAUAUUCCUGGCUUCAAUACAUGUAAUAUAUUUUCAUGAAUGAUUUCUUGAGUAGUAAUCAGCUUUGGUUGCAGCAUACAUCUGUUUAAACAUGAAGAUAUGCUGAAAGCAAAUGGGACCUCCACUUUUUUAGCAGUUUAAACACAUUUGUCAAUAUUUCUUUAGUUUUGGGCAACUGUUACUCUUUUUGUCCUUGUUUUUUUUCUACUGUUUUCAUUAUUCAAUUAUUCUUCAAAGGACCAUUUGAUUGUAUAUAUACUCAAUAAAAAUAUAAACGCAACAUGUAAAGUGUUGGUCCCAUGUUUGAUGAGCUGAAAUAAAAGAUCCCCAGAAAUG